ACACCUACACACACACUCUCGGGAAUGUCUUCCACACAAAGAGACACGCAUAUGCUUCAGGUUGGUGCACGGAUAAACACUUAAACACUUCACAGCGCGUCUGUCUUUAUAAAUCUGAGACUCGACUGAAGGCGAGCAGUUUUUGUUGGGAUUCAAAUUGUCCUUUCGACGCAUUUCUUUCAAUUUCACGAAUAAGUCUCCAAGUCCCGCGAUGCCCGGUGGAAACGUGCGCGACUCUCUGCAAAAACCAAUUUCAAGUCCGUGUUGUAGGUGUCGCUGUUGACCACGUCUGCAUCCGCAGUGCGAGUGUGUGCAGAGAGAGGAGGCUGCGUCUCAAGGCCAUUUUCAAAUCUCAUUGGUGGGCUUGUCAUGUGGUUGGGAGGCAUCCUGACUUACAGAUUGUUUUUCCUAGAUAUGUCAGCUUACAAAGGACAUCUCUCUCCUCCUAAGAACUUAAAUUCAAAAAAUGUCCUUCCCCAGUAGCUCUCCUGUGGCAAAUACAUUUUUAGUGGACUCUUUAAUUGGUGCUUGCAGGACGGACAGCUUUUACUCCAACAGCAACAUGUACAUGCCGUCUGGCUCAGAAAUGGGAACUUACGGAAUGCAAACCUGUGGACUCCUGCCGUCUUUCGGCAAAAGAGGGGAGGUCAACCACCAAAAUAUGGGCAUGAACGUCCACUCGUACAUACCUCAAAUAGAUAACUGGACUGAUCCGAGCAGACCCUGCAGAAUAGAGCCGCCCAAUCAGAUGUCAAACUGUACAUUUUCACAGAGCAUAAAGGAAGAGAGUAACUGCUGCAUGUACUCCGAUAAGAGAGUACAAAAAGUCAACUCUUCAGAAGUCCCCGCAUAUUCUAACGUUAUUCCUGAGUCGUGUCCGGUCGAUGGUCCCGAGAUCCCGGUUCCCGGCUAUUUCAGACUGAGCCAAACUUAUGCGAACGGGAAGCAUCAGGAAAACUACUGCCAUGAACCACCGAGUCCAAACGCGACACUGAUGCAGCUCAGCCGGGUCACCCCGAAACCGCAGCCCUCCUCGGCUCCUUCUAAUUUCUCGGAGGUGGAUAAAAAAAUUGAGGACGCUUCGCAAAACCCGGAAACCGCAAGAACGCCGGUCCCCGUAGAAAGCCCGGAUCCCAAGUCCGGCUCGGAGGAGAAAAACUGCUCAGUGGAAGCGCCUGUGUCCAGUCCUGAGCUGCUACAGAAGGAAGGGAAAGACUGCAAGAGUGACACUCUCACAAACAACUGGCUGACAGCAAAAAGUGGGAGAAAGAAAAGGUGCCCCUACACAAAGCACCAAACCCUGGAGCUGGAGAAAGAGUUUCUCUUCAAUAUGUACCUGACCCGAGAGCGCCGCCUAGAGAUCAGCAGGAGCGUUAACCUGACCGACAGGCAGGUCAAGAUCUGGUUUCAGAACCGCAGGAUGAAGCUGAAGAAAAUGAACAGGGAAAACCGCAUCCGUGAACUGACCUCAAAUCUCACCUUUUCGUGAGGCUGCAUGUGUUAGCUGUCUUUUCUCCUCCUCGUCCUUCACAUAUUAGUUUGAUGCUUCGCUGGCAUUGGACAUUUAUCUCAAAAUCAACAAAACUGUGACUGUAUUUGCCAAUCUUAGUAUUUUUUUAUUUGUAUUAUUAUUAUUAUUAUUGUUAUUAUUUUGCGUGGCGUCCUGUAUUUGUUUUGUUUCAUCACAGGGUAACACUUUGUGGUCUUAAAUUAUUGGAGGGUGCUUCUCUUCUGCUAAAAAGACAUGGGUAUCCAGCCGAGCUGUGGAAAGGGUUACUCUAUUUCAGUCAUGAAAGCACAUUUAUUGUCGUAUUGUGCAACAUUUGUUUAAGAGUAAGUGCAAGCCGUGUGCUCGAUAGUGAAAUGUUUCUAUGGGCUUUAAAGUGAUGGAAAAAAUACAGAACAAAACAAUGUCAAUCUGUGAAUUUAUUGCAUGUUUGUGGCAUGUAUCUUGCAAUAAAUAUAUUGUCAAAGGA